AUGUCUUCAAACAAAGAUAUUGUUUGGCCUCCUCAAACAACCGAAGAUGUGCUAAUGCUAACCCCGCGCAAACACCGUCCAGAGGCCCCCUUCUCGCCCUCGCCCCUGCGCAAAAACUCCCUCCCCUCCCCCUUCGACGGCGCAAACUCCGACAACUCGGACGAUGAGGACGAGGACGAGGAGAUGCUGAAGCUGAAGCUCGCGGCGCUGGAGGCGAAGCUGAAGCUGAAGCAAUUGCAGAAGCGGCGGAAGGCUGCGGAGGGUGGGGUAGCUGAUAGCGCAAGAAAGCCCAGUACCUCUUCGACCCGAAAUCGCUCGGGGUCGCUUGUCCAGGUGCCGCAGUCACCCGUCAAGAGCUCGGCUGUCAAGAAUGCGGACCCGCCGAUGCCGAAAUCGCCGAGUCGGGUGUUGCUGGGUAUCGAUAAGGGCCUCCGGGGGGCUGAUGUGUCGCUGCGUCGGCCGCCGCCGUACAGGGCGGUUAAUACUCGGGCCACGUCGCCGUCUGAGCAGCCCCGGAAAACGUACAGUGAGCGCAUUGCGGAGGAGCGGGCGAAGGAGAAGUCGAAGGCUGAGCGGCAGAAGGUGGUCGAGAAGUCCCGGUCAAUGGGGUUCAAUUUCGACCCUAUCGCUACCACAUUUACUGCUGGAGGUAGGGGAGGGCCUGAUCCGUUUGUUGAGGCUUCGCGUGCACCAACUGUGGCCCCUGAGAGUACGGAGCCGACAGAAACGGGUGGGUUCGAUAGUUUCUCGGGCCUGCACUUGUCUUCGCGGCUGAUACCGCAUUUGACGUUGACACGCCAUCUGUCGCCGACAACUAUCUACCUUCUCCCCAAUCUUCUCAAGGAAGUUAAAGGCCCUGAUUUUGAGCCCCCAGAUAUCGAGGGCGACUGGGUCGUGCUGGCAACCAUCUGUUCAAAAUCCGAACCUCGCGAGGUCGGCCAGAACACCAAUUCCAAGAAGGGGACCGGAAAGUACAUGGUCCUCACACUAACAGAUCUCAAGUGGGAGAUUGAGUGUUUUCUCUUUGGCAGCGGCUUUGACAAGUUCUGGAAGCUCCCCGUAGGUGCCGUGGUAGCCAUCAUGAACCCCGGAAUCAUGAAGCCGCGGGUCGCCGACACGGGGCGAUUCUCGCUCACACUCAAUGAUUCCAGCGACACGCUACUAGAGAUCGGCCGGGCACGCGAUCUGGGCUUCUGCAAGGCCAUGAAGCGGGAUGGCAAGAUAUGCGGGAGCUGGGUCGACAAGCGGCACACGCACUACUGCGCGUUCCACAUCGAGGCCGGGGUCAAGAAGGCGCGUGUUGGGCGUGCCGAGGUCAACUCGAUGGGGAAGCUCUUUUCUCCACCAAAGAAGGGUAGCGUCCGCCCGAGGCGAUUUCUCGGUGGUCGCGGCGGCGGGAGGGAUAAUGGAUUGCUGCAUGAGGGCGCGCUUACAGAUCUCCCGCAGCGGGCAGGGGGCGCAGGAGGGAAGGUCUUUGUGGCCCCGGGUAGAUCAGCGACAAGGCUCCUGGAUGAUGAGUAUGAUGGCAUGCACAGGGGUAGUCGGGAAGAGAGGCUGCAGAAGCGCCUCGCGGAGGCGGAGAAGGAGAGGCAGAUGACUAGAAGAAUCAUUGAGAGCCAGGGCCGUGAUGGCGGCGUGGGUGUGGACUACCUAAAACUAAGUGUGGAUAGGUUUGAUCUCAAUUCAAGACCGUCAACUGCGAACUCCGUCAAUAGCUCACAGAAUACAUCGGUAGACAGCUUAACAUCGCUCCUUCUCCGCUCCAAGGGCGUGACAGCGCAAUCAGUGUCCCUGAGCCCCAUCAAGCGAAAACGGCCCGAAAGCCAGAUGAGCAGAGACAUGAGCCCGGAGAAGGGUGCAACCAAGCGGACACGGUUCGCGCUGCCGGGACUGGAAAGCACCUUUCGGGACGACCCGUUUGUAAGAGAUGUCGACGAAGACGACGAUUUGAUUAUUGUUUAA